CACUGUUUGCUCGGGGCGGGUCCGCCGCUGUCAGUUCUCCGGGCGGAAGAGGCCGAGAGCAGUAGGCACAAAGUGAGCUGCUUCUUCCAGGUUUAAAAAGAUUUGCCACAUGUUCAGGUAACACAGUGGAUGGGUGUGAAGGACCGAUAAGACAGGAAACAUGCAGAAAACACCGAUCAUCCUCGCCAAGCCUCCUGCGGAGAGGGGCAGUAAGGCAGUGCCCACCCCUCCUCUACCAACCGCCAAUCCCACCGAGAAACCCAUCGUGCUGAUGAAAGCUCGGGACGAGGGCAAACCGUUGGCGACGGGAGAUGGGACGUCCCAGGCUCCGGCAUCCUCGGGGAAGACAGAGAAGGAAUACCAGCGGCCGACCCAGCCUGUCUACCAGAUCCAGAACCGGGGCAUGGCGCCAUCAGCACCCAGCAGCAACAUUGACCCGGUGAUAGGCCAGGCCAAGCUGCACCCCCCUGAGAGGAUGAAACACUCCAUUAAACUGGUGGAUGAUCAGAUGAACUGGUGUGACAGCGCCAUGGAGUUCCUGCUGGACCAGACAGAUGUCCUUGUGAUCGGAAUCAUCGGGCUGCAAGGAACGGGGAAAUCGACCGUCAUGUCUCUGCUCUCUGCCAAUGCACCGGAGGAAGACCAGAGAUCGUACGUGUUCAGAGCCCAGACCCAGGAGAUUAAGGAGCGUGGUGGGAAUCAGACGAAUGGCAUAGAUUUCUUCAUUACCCAGGAGCGAAUCAUAUUCCUGGAUACUCAGCCCAUUUUGAGUCCCGCCGUGCUCGACCACCUGAUCAACAAUGACCGUAAACUCCCCCCAGAGUACAGCCUCCCGCACACCUACGUGGAGAUGCAGUCUCUCCAGAUGGCAGCCUUCCUGUUCACUGUGUGCCACGCAGUUCUUCUGGUCCAGGACUGGUUCACUGACCUCAACCUCUACAGGUUUCUGCAGACAGCAGAGAUGCUGAAGCCUUCCACUCCCUCGCCCAGUCACGAUUCGAGCGGUGGCCCAGGGUCUGACGAAGGUUCGGAAUACUACCCAAAUAUCGUUUUCCUUCAGAACAAAGCCAAGCGGGAGGACUUCUGCCCUCGGAACCUCAAGAAGAUGCACACUGUCAUUGACAAACUGAUGUUGCACUCACACCUCAAGUAUAAAGGUACGCUCUCCAUGUUGGACUGUAACAUCUUUCCUGGAUUGAGCAAUGACUUCCUGGAGUCGGAGGUCAACUUAUUUCUCCUUCCGGUGAUGGAGAAUGAUGUGGAGGAAAACCUGGUCCGAGCUGGGACUGGAGGGAUAUCUCUGUUCUCACUGCUCCCAGGUUACAAAGGUCACCCCAGCUUCCAGUCUCUGGUGGGCAAACUGCGGAGCCAGAUCCUGUCCAUGUCCCGGCCUCAGCUCUCGCACACCAUCCUCACCGAGAAAAACUGGUUCCAUUAUGCCGCUCGGAUCUGGGAUGGAGUGAAGAAAUCUUCGGCACUCUCGGAGUACAGUCGUUUGUUGUCCUGAGGGGCGGGCACACCCUGGUGCAUUCCCAUGUUGAAGACUCCCAAGUGCGAAUGCCCUCCCGGCCGUUGGUGGAGCGGGGGAGGUUUUGUGUGGGUGUGCAGCGUGCGCAGUGUUUGGAUUCUCUCUGUGCCGCCAGUUCCGAGCUUAGCGUUCCCCGCCUCGCACCUCCUCAACCCUCCAACCCUGGAAUUGUGAGCACAGCUUAGUCGGAACUGAGCAUCACCGAGAGGCAGGAUCCCACUGCCUUUGGACAGGUCCCUCCGCUUUCGGCUGCGUUCCCAAUCCCAGGAUGUGGUGGUGCUCCCGAGGGAGGGGGGGAAUGGCCUUGGGGGUUCAGAGGUUUGGGGGCUGUUACUGACUUCUCGGGGAACUGUAUACUGAUGCCAAUGGGUAGUGGGCACCUUAAUGAAGCUGCGUCUCAAUGCCAACUUGUGCUGAUCAACUGUGAUUGCUUCAUCCUUUGCAAGGAGGAGGGCAUGUGAGAGGAGGUGUGAAACGAAAAUGGCCUCCAUUUACCCCUCCCCCGCUACGUCCACCUACUGGGGCAAUGAUAGGCUUGAUCUCUGCUCUGAUAGAUGUGACAUUCCAGAGAUGGCUUGCAGAUUGAGGGCUAGGAGGAGUGAGGAAUCUAUUGGGAAGGGGGCUGGAGCCGGUAGAAUGUAGGUGCAGGGCUGGAGACCAUUCGGCCCCCUCCUAGCCUGGUUCAUCGACCAUUCCUUCGCUCCACAUCUCUUAGCUCGUGUCUCCUUGAUCUCCCUUUCUUUUUCCAAUUUUCCUGAAAUUCUGUGCCCCCCUCCAACUUUUCUCCCUGGGAGCAGUGGCAUGGAGAAAGUUUGAGAUCCCCCCGCCACACCCUCUUACCUGAUGUUAGCCUCACCGCCCCACCCUCCGACCACCCCAAAUCGCAAAAUGAGCAGCCCAGCUGGGAAUGUGAAGGGCCUGGCCCUUGGUGUGGACUCUCCUUGCUCAACAGCAGAAACAAACUCACGUGGGCAAACAAAAGGAUGGACCUGUUCUUGGUUUUAGACCCGGGAGAAAGGGGAUACGGGGAGCAGGUUCUCCGAGACACAGCAAAGACCCCCCAAACACUUUGCCCACCCCAUGCCAGUCACAGCCAGCACCUAUCAGAGAGCAGUCUGUCAGUGGAGCUCCCUGUGCUGUGCCAUCACUGUUAACCCUGUGGGUCAUAUUGAAGCCACUGUUGUGGUUAGUUUCGGUGUGAGGUGAAGGUACAUAUGUUCUCCCAGUUUCUGCCCCUUCGAGCAAUCUAUUAAAGUCAUUGUUUCAGUUUGUGGCACCAAAA